GUGGGUCCUACCUAAUCGAGGGAUGGAUCAGGAACAUUUGCCAUAGGAUACAGGGAUUUGAUUAAUUUUCAGGCAUGGACGGACUUUAGGCUGGCAAUGGCCCGAGCAUGGCCAGACCCAGGCCGAUUGACCCCCAAAUCCCGGGCGAGCCCUAAUCCCAUUGCUAACCAGUUUUCGGGUCUGGACAAGCCGGGCCCAGUGCCACCACUCCCCAUCGGAUUUUUCUUCCCGCUAAAUAAGAUAUCCCACCCUUCUCACGCUUCUCUCUCGCGCUCUCUGGUACAGCAGCGAUGGCAGCGAAGAGUACAGAAGCGUUGAACGCUAAAUCCUCUAAGAUCAUCGAGCUCUACGGAUGGGAUCUACUUCUUGGAACGAUCGCGGCGUUUUACGUUUUCAUGGUUCCGUACACAAAGGUCGAAGAGAGCUUCAAUGUCCAGGCAAUGCAUGAUGUUAUUUAUCUUCGCCAUCAUCUAGAGAAGUACGACCAUUUGGAUUUUCCGGGAGUCGUUCCGCGUACUUUCAUUGGUUCCAUUCUUGUUUCGACUUUGGCAUCACCAUUUACAUUAGCCGUGCAUUUGCUAAAUUUGCCAAAGCUUUAUAAUCUUGUUGCAGUUCGUUUGGUGUUAGGUUUCAUCAUACUGUCAACGUUGCGUUUUUUCCGCAUUGAGGUUAGACGGAAAUUUGGUCAUCAGGUUGAAGCGUUCUUUGUAAUACUAACAGCUAUUCAAUUUCAUCUACUGUUCUACUGCACACGGCCACUUCCUAAUAUACUAGCUUUAGGCUUAGUCAACUUAGGAUAUGCUUUUUGGUUCAAGGGGAGUUUUUUAGCAGCUUUAAGAUGUCUGACUCUUGCGACAAUUGUAUUCAGAUGCGAUACCCUAUUACUCUUGGGCCCUUUAGGCUUAGAACUUUUGCUGACAAAGUCAGUUUCACUAUGGGAAGCAUUCAAGUGUUGCGUCAGCAGUGCUCUCAUAGGUGUAGGUUUUUCUGUACUGGUUGAUACAAUCAUGUGGCGGAGGAUAUUGUGGCCUGAAUUGGAGGUUUUCUGGUUUAACUCUGUUCUAAAUCGGAGUUCUGAAUGGGGUACACAUGCAUUUCAUUGGUACUUCACUUCAGCACUUCCCCGCUCAUUGCUUUCAGCAUAUCCUCUCUGUGUGCUGGGAGUGUUUGUUGACAGGAGGAGCUUACUUUACAUUCUGCCAGUUUUUUCAUUUGUUUUACUUUACUCAAAGCUUCCACACAAGGAGCUCCGUUUUAUAAUUGGUUCAAUUCCAAUGUUCAACUUAUCCGCAGCCAUUGCAGCUAGCAGGAUCUACAAUAACAGGAAGAAGAAAGCAUGGGAGUGGAUUUAUUUCAUUAUGAUUGGGUCUUUUGUGGUCAGUCUAGGAUGCACAGUGAUAACUUUCAUGGCAUCGUAUGAGAACUAUCCGGGAGGUUAUGCUCUUAAAGCUUUGCAUCAGAUAGGCCAUUCUAACAAUACAACUUAUCAGUGGGUUCACAUUGACUCCUUUGCCGCAAUGAAUGGGAUUUCUCGCUUCUGUGAAAAUGAUUUUCCUUGGAGGUAUUCUAAAGAAGAAGGGAUUGCCAUAGAAGAAUUUCAGUACAGAAAUUUCACUUACCUUCUAAACGAACAUUCUAGCAUUGAUGGGUUCAAGUGUUUAUUUGCUGUCAAUGGAUUCUCGAAGAUUUAUUUGCAAAUGCGAUUCCCACUAAUUGUCCUUCUGAAGGAGCCCAAGGUAUUUGUCCAUGGAAAUUUGAGGAACCAAGAUGUUGCCAAAUCACAAUGGGCAGGCUGUCCUUGAGCUGCUCGGGACCUGCACACUGUUCUCAGGGUGAGAAGAUAUUGGUGAAUUCCCUGAGGUAGGCUUCAUUUGUCUAUUUUUGAGAGUGGAGGUUGUUCCAAAUAACAGCACUUGUUUUUAAGUUAAUGAAGCCAUGGAAAAUGAGUGGGAUGUUGUUCUCAAAGGAUGCCAAUGGGCUGAGUUCCUUGAUGAGCUGUUUUAAAGCCUAAAUGGAGUCAGGUCUCGUGAUGUGCCUCAGCUACCAGUUUGUUGUAUACCCUCAAGGUUUGAGCUGGUUGGUCUUUUUUACAUGUAAGCCUUCUUGAGCUGUCACUAACAUACAUUCAGGUAUUAGACCAAAAUUUAUGUACAAUAAUUGACCUUAGAACUGUA